UGCACUGAGAUUGAACAACGGGUGAGGGAGAAUGGAGGUGGAAAGAGGUUGGAUAGAGAAAAGGACACGCGACCCCCAGUGUUGGGGUCGCAUGUUUUGCUGCUGUGUGCCUAUGGUUAAGUCAAUGUUUGAGUGCGCGGUUCUUGCGGGUGGGCCUUUGGUAGAAGGGGUAGUGGAGAGAAAUGAAAGUGUUGGGGUGACGGCAGGACUUGAACCUGCAUUCCUUGCAGUCAACUUUUUGUCGGCAUAUGGGGCUAUCGUUGGCGCUACCACUAUUGCGCCUCGUCACGAAGAGGUAGUGGAGAGAAAGAUGAAUCGGAAGGGUGUUGGGGUGAUGGCAGGACUUGAACCUGCACUCCUCCGGCCUGCCCAUGGACUUAUGGAGGCUACCAUUGGCGCUACCACUAUUGCACCUCACCAUCCCAAAAGGUGGUGGAGAAGAGGAAAAGAAGGAAGGGUUGGGGUGACGGUGGGACUUGAACCCACAGUCCUCUGGCCAGUCCCGUCUGGGCCUACGGAGGUCACCAUUGGCGUUGCCACUAUCGCGCUCGUCAUCCCAAAAAGCCAGUGCGGCUCUGGGCUUACGGGGUUGCGGUUGAUUGGCAUUACCACGGUGGCCACGUCAUCCUCCCUUCAGAUGUUAGAGGCCUAAUUAGUUUUAAACAGGGGCACCGCGUGAAGGUUUAGGCCCGUGCCGGGUGUUCGCUGUGGUAGCAGAACUCCCCCUCGACUGACAUCCAUCGUCGAGGCCC